AUGUCGACAGACGAAUAUCAAUUGCAGGAUGUUUAUAGAUAUAAUAGAAAAUCAUUUAAGACUCGUCCAACUAAUAUUGAAAGUUAUAACGUUGAGAGCCGCCGGGAGAAUACCGAUGCAGUGGAUACUCAAACUGAACGUGUAAAAUUCGAUGCAGCUAAUUGCACCAAAUGUGACAAUGAUUCAGACGGAGAAAUUACAAGCAUAUUGCAUAAGAAAUGUCCAGUGAUCGCGUUGGCCCACCAACAGCUUCAGAGAUUAUUAGACGAGACUGACAAUUUGCUAUGUGACAACCCUCAAUGCUGCAGGUCUAUCUAUGACUUUUUCUGCAUAUGCAAGAGGGUACUAAGUCAAGAUAAAUACUGCAAAUAUUUUUUGAUUUUUAUGUCAAUUUUAUCAUUUCUAACUGGUUUAUUGCUUGGUGCAGCUUCGUGUGGUACACAUUUGCGCAAAUUUAACAGCCCAAUCCUCACUUGUAUUGAUGGCUACUUUGUCUCAGAUAGAUCUUCAUUAACUGAUAAUAAUGACUUUAUAUUUAGAGGAAUUGUAUGA